AUGUUCCUCUAUGUUCCUCUGUGUUCCUCUAUGUUCCUCUAUGUUCCUCUGUGUUCCUCUGUGUUCCUCUGUGUUCCUCUACGUUCCUCUAUGUUCCUCUGUGUUCCUCUAUGUUCCUCUGUGUUCCUUUAUGUUCCUCUGUGGUCCUCUAUGUUCCUCUGUGUUCCUCUGUGUUCCUCUGUGUUCUUCUGUGUUCCUCUGUGUUCCUCUAUGUUCCUCUGUGUUCCUCUGUGUUCCUCUACGUUCCUCUACGUUCCUCUGUGUUCCUCUAUGUUCCUCUGUGUUCCUCUAUAUUCCUCUGUGUUCCUCUAUGUUCCUCUGUGUUCCUCUGUGUUCCUCUAUGUUCCUCUGUGUUCCUCUGUGUUCCUCUGCUCCGAGAAGUUUGGCUAA